AUUAUUUACGUGGCAAGAAAUCCAAGAGACGUGGUGGUUUCGAGAUAUAACUUACAUAAGAUCUUAACACAUCUGGAUUUCCAGGGAACUUUCGAACAGUUCUGUAAUAAUUUUAUGAAUAAUCACAUACAAUGGACCCCAUAUUGGGAACAUGUGAAGGAUGCUUGGGCGAUGAGACAUAGAACAAAUAUGAUGUUCCUCUUUUAUGAAGAUUUGAUAAAGGAUUUAUCUGGCAACGUAAGAAAAAUCGCUGCAUUCUUCAAUAAGACUUACAGCGAUGAACAGAUCGCCAAGUUAGUGGAGCAUUUGAAAAUAGAGAAUUUUCGCAAAAAUCCUAUGGUAAAUAAGCCGACUUUAGACAAUCGGAAUUUAGUACAACCGGAAAAGUUUAUACGACAAGGAAUAACAGGCGGUUCAAAAAAAAUGUUUACGCCGGAAAUCGAAGAGAGAUUUAGCAAAUGGAUCACUGACAAUUUAAAGGAUACGGAUUUGGCAUUUCCAAGUUAGAUUUGUUACACGAUAUAAGCAAUUGCAAUUUAUAAAGAAUGCGGAUUUAGCUUUACCAAGUUAGAUUUAUUACAUGAUCGAUUUAUAUAAGUAAUUGCAAUUUUUAUAAUUUCAAUUCAAUUUUAAAUAAUGGUAACUAAUACAUAAUUUAAAACAAAAAUUAUAAAGCUGAUUUUUACGUUUUUAUUUAAUCGAAAGAGUCGGUUGUUAAAUUUGUCAUUUUGAAUAUUGUUCUUCACGUUUUUACUUUUUUAGUUCAGCUGUUUUUGUAGAACCUUGGCGUUGUUUCUGUCAUAAUUUCUUUACAGAAGAUACAAGCAGUGUCUUUGCUCAAUAUCGCGAUAUAAUAUGAAGAAUUUUAAAAAAGCUGUCAUCUCUUGCAUAUUAAUAAUGCGCCCCCUCCCCCCUCACACACACACACACACACACA